GGCGGUUUCUUCCCCCACAAUUGAUCGGGAGCUUAGAAUCAUUUUUAUUUUUUUUACCUCCACGCUCAACGAAGUCAACGUGGGAAUUACUUUCUAUUUCUUAUUUCCAAUCAAACAAUCCGCUACUAGAGAUUAGCAAUGGCAAACUCAAAAUAUGAAUAUGUCAAGUCAUUCGAGCAACCAGACACUUUGCUCCCGAAUACCUGGAUCGUGGUCCGGAUAGAUGGCAGAGGCUUUCACAAGCUUUCCGAUCGGUAUGCCUUCAAAAAGCCCAAUGACCGACGUGCACUGGACUUGAUGAAUGCUGCUGCUGUCGAAGUCAUGAAGGAUCUCCCUGAUUUGGCGAUUGCCUAUGGAGUUAGUGAUGAAUAUAGUUUCGUCUUCCAUCCCAGCUGUGAGCUGUUUGAGAGGCGGAGUGCCAAGCUCGUGACGACUAUUGUGUCAACAUUCACAGCACACUACAUUUACCUAUGGGGAACGUAUUUCACAGAGAACCCUUUACAGCCGCCAUAUCUGCCUUCAUUUGAUGGGAGGGCGGUUGUAUAUCCCGCAAUGGGGAAUCUGCGCGACUACAUGAGCUGGCGACAGGUUGAUUGCCAUAUCAAUAAUCUGUAUAAUACGACGUUUUGGACAAUGGUCCAGCAAGGAGGAAUGAGUAAUACCGACGCGGAACGUGAAUUGCAGGGAACUGUGUCAUCCGACAAGAAUGAGAUCCUUUUCACGAGAUUCGGGAUCAACUACAACAAUGAAGACGAGAUGUAUAAGAAAGGAAGUGUGAUAUAUCGGCAGUAUCAACUUGAGGAUGCGAAGCCGGCGUCGAAUCCGAGUAUAGAACAGGACGAAGGCAGCUCCGUCCCAGAAGCCAUCUCGAAAUCACAACAGGAGAAACUUAAAAAACUCCGGCGAAAAGCACAGGUGGUGGUUAACCAUGUCGAUAUCAUCAAGGAUGAAUUCUGGGAGCGAAGGCCGUGGAUUCUCUCCGGGAGGCCGGGGAAAUUACCAGAGGCCUGAGUUGUCAUGAUUCACUACUUUAUAUCUGCUUUGAGAUGAGGUUUAAGAGAAACAUGGCAAUAGUUAGUUACCAAAUGGGUAUCUAUCAACAGUCUAAUUCUUUAUACGCCAAGAACCAAUAGUUAUAACCAGCUUCAUCAUAG